CUAAAGGGUGCGCUCGAGGGCCGGGAUGAGAUCAUAUCGUCAUCGGGUGGUAACGCGGGUCUGGCGACCGCCUGUUCCGCGCGUAUGUUAGGCCUCAAGUGUCGCGUAUUUCUACCCAAUUAUACCUCUGAAGUGAUGAAAGAGAAGUUCCGCAAAGAGGGCGCCGACACUGUCAUCGUCGGUGACGUCUGGAAUGAGACCAACGAUAGGGCGCUCGUCGCUGUCCGCGAGUCCCCUAAUUGUCUAUACGUCCACCCCUUCGACGAUCCCAUCCUAUGGACGGGUCACUCGACAAUGAUUGACGAGAUCGCGGAGGACUUGGAUGCCGUGCCCUCAAUGAUCAUCACCUGUUGCGGCGGCGGUGGCCUACUCUGCGGUAUCAUUGAGGGUAUGCGACGCCACGGGUGGACAUCCGUACCGGUGCUGGCGAUGGAGACGAGAGGCGCUGACUCUCUGAACGCGGCGGUCGUCGCGGCUAACGGAGGGACUGUCCGUCCCGUUCGCAUACCCGACAUCACAAGUAUAGCUAAAUCUCUCGGUUCGCUCAUUAUAUGCGAUCAGUUGGCCAACGAUUGCAAUACCAGUGCUCCACCAAUACUGUCACACGUAUGCGAUGAUAGGGAGGCUGCGGAGGCUUGUAUUAAGUUUGCUAAUCAGCACAGGAUUCUCGUCGAACCGUCUGCCGGUGCCUCUCUGUCUGCUUUGUAUACGGGAUUAGUCCAGAGAUUAUUCACAGAAAAUAGUGGUAAAUAUUCCGACGGACCGGUCGUAGUGAUCAUUUGUGGUGGUGGUGCCGUUACGCUAGAUACCAUCAGUGAAUGGAAAACUAAAUUUAAUUUAUAGUUUGAUUUUUUAGUGCAUUUAUAAUAUUGUGUACUCGAUUGAGGAUUUUAGAAAUACUUUUUAAACUUAUAUAAAAUAAAAUAUAAUUUAAAUAGUAA